UUCUAAAAUCUGGUUUAAUCAAGAGUCUUUGCAUGAUAUCGUCUCGAUUCGCGAAGUUUGCAGUGUUGGACGGUCCAAGUUCGGUUGGAAAAGUUGAAUAUAUUUUGUGGGGAUUGCAAGUUACGGGUACAUUGUAGGGACGUAUCUAUUAGUGUGGAGACUUUAUGCACUCAAGAGAAACGAUCUUUACCGGCCUUCGACUUCCUCUUUCCGUAACUGGCUAUAAUGGCGUCCGGAACUCUGUACACCUACCUGGAAAACUUCAGAGCCUACAAGGUGCUGAUCGCGGCUCAAUACUCCGGUGCUCAGGUCAAGAUCGCAGAUGAUUUUGUUUUCGGCGAAACGAAUAAAUCCGAAACUUUCUUGAAGAAGUUUCCAUUGGGAAAGGUCCCAGCAUUUGAAACAUGCGACGGAAAAUGUAUCACAGAAAGCAACGCGAUUGCAUAUUACGUGGCUAACGAUCAGUUGAGAGGUAAAACUGACCUGGAACGCGCAGAAAUCAUACAAUGGUUCGGAUUCGCGGAUUCUGAGAUUCUUCCAGCUAGCUGUGCAUGGGUGUUCCCAUUACUGGGUAUUAUGCCAUAUAAUAAGCAGACCGUGGAACACGCUAAGGAUGACGUAAAGAAAGUAUUGACCGCUCUUAAUUCUCACUUGCUUACGCGUACUUACUUGGUCGGAGAACGACUGACUUUAGCCGAUAUUAGCGUCGCCAUGACAUUACUCCAUUUGUACCAGUACAUACUUGAACCGAAUCUACGUAAACCGUACCAGAACGUAAAUCGAUGGUUCCAAACUGUUAUUUACCAACCCGAGUCAAUAGCUGUAAUCGGUGCCUUCAAAUUGGCUGAAAAAACUCUCAAGUAUGAUCCAAAGAAGUUCACGGAAGCUCAAGCAAAACCUUCAAAGAAAGAAAAAAAAGAAAAGGAACCCAAGAAGGAAUCUAAGGAAUCAAAAGAAUCAAAGAAAGAGCCAGUGGAAGAACUAGAUCCAGCAGAUGCUGCUCUAGCUGCGGAACCUAAAUCUACAAAUCCUUUUGAUACCUUACCAAAGGGUACCUUCGAUCUCGAUGAUUUUAAGAGAUUUUAUUCUAACGAAGAUGAGUCGAAGUCUAUACCUUAUUUCUGGUCAAAGUUUGAUCCAGAACAUUACAGUAUUUGGCUUGGUGAAUACAAGUACAACAGCGAUUUAACGAAGGUCUUUAUGUCUUGCAAUCUAAUAAGUGGUAUGUAUCAACGACUAGACAAAAUGCGGAAGGGUGCAUUUGCCAGCGCUUGUCUAUUUGGUACAGACAACGAUAGCAGUAUCAGUGGUAUUUGGGUUUGGCGUGGACAAGAACUUGCUUUUACGCUGUGUCCGGAUUGGCAAGUAGAUUACGAAUCGUAUAGUUGGACCAAGUUAGACCCCUCUAAAAAAGAAACAAAACAGUUGGUUCAACAGUAUUUCAGCUGGACUUGUACCGAUAAAGAGGGACGAAAAUUUAAUCAGGGAAAAAUUUUCAAGUAAAAUUUUGCCAUAUGCUUACUAUUAAACAGAACACUUUGUUCGCAUGAAAUAAACAUAAAAAAAACGAUUAAAUAUCAUCGAACUUUACACAAAAACCUUUAGAAUCCUGUAUUUCAUAGCUUAUUCUCAUUUAUUUAAUUUUUUUUCUUCAAUUGUUCCUGUUUGUCGAUAUAUCUGUUGUAUAACUCGAUGCUUUUUACCUUGUCACGUUUGAAAUGCCGUUCCAAAUCUAGUUUUAUCGCACGUUUGCAUAUGUGUGUAUAGUUCGCGAAAUGUGGUAUUUUCGAAUUUAUUUUAAUACUGUUCGAGUAACGCAGUAUGAAUAAGAGACAAAAUUUCCUUUUUAAUAGAAUAAAUGAUGUGAUAUUUAAUUUCAUAUUCGUACUCCUAGAAAUUUCUAUUUCGCGUACAUGUGUUAAAUUAUUUAAUUUAUACAUUGUUUAAACUGUCAUAACUAUAUAGAAAUACAAAUAAUUCGAUAGACGUAAGAAAUAAGAUUACUUUAUUCGUUUGUUACCGAUUGUUUAAUAAAAAAAAAGCAUGUGUCGUAAUUUAUAAUUAAACAUUAAGAUGAAGACAUAAAAUUACGAACGCAGCGUUACGCCUAUAUUUAAGUCAACUGCUACACAUAUUAUACGAUUCAUUCUCCAUGCCAGCUUGUGUGAAGUUUAAUUUUAAAUAUAAUGCAUAUUUUUACAAAAAUAAAA